GUUUGUUUACAAAUUUUAAAAUGAUUAAUUUAAUUAUUUAUGAGUAAAUGAGAGCAAUAACAGGUCAAAGUGAUCAAAAAUAUGUGCAGGAAUGUGAAGUUUAAGCUAAAAGUCACGAAACGAAACAGAAAAACUACUUAACGCAAAGAAAAGUCGGAAUUAAAAAAUUAUUAACAAUUUGAAGAAUCAAUUGUGCAAAAUAUGUAUAAAUAAGAGGAAAGAGAAGUUCAGAUGGUUUAGAAGAAUCGUGAAAACUGAAAAGUUUCAAAAAAUUGACUGGAAUAGCAUAAAUAAAUAAAAGAAGCGUGUAAAUAAAAAUAAAAACUCAAGAAAAACAAUUCUUUGGAAAAAGAUUAAUUCGUUUAAAAAUAGCUUAAAAAUGCCGCGAAAUAGAACAACAAGUGAUUCACGCCAGCCAAUUUUACAAGAUCCAGAGAUUUCUUAUUCUACAAGCGAUGCAUUAAAUGAAUUGAAUAUCCCAGCAUUAAAACAGAUAUUACUACAGCGCGCAUGGGAGCACUGGAAUGUACACAAGAAUGAGAAAUACGCAAUAUUUUAUCAGACAAUUUCCUUCUGUUUAUCAUCGACAUUGUCUCAUCAGGAAAAUUUAGAUUUAUCCAGUUAUCUAGAGAAAAUAAAUAAUGAGCUAAGUUAUCAAAAUAAUGAGAAGCCUAGCAUAUAUAAUUAUUCUAAUUUUGAAGAUAUUAAUAAAUACCUCGAACGAGAAAUUGCAUCAACAUGUCGACAUCAGUUCCCAAAAGAAUGGACAGUAAUACAGUUGUGUAAAAAUUUUAAUCCUCUAACGCUCUCUAGUAAAUAUGAGGAUAUAAUACAAUUUAAUACCGGUAUUUCGAUGACAAUUUUUAAACAUACAGCUGUUAAGGAUAUGCUCAUGCUGGAAGUAAGGAAACAAUCACAGUUAGAAAAUAUAUUUGAAAAGACUUACAAAAUUAAUAAGAAAAUAAGUGAUAGCUUAGUCUAUCGUUCUACAUCAAUUGCAUCAGAAAAUCAAGAAAAUAAGGAGAAAUAUUGGCGAGCUUCAAAGGAUAUUGAAAAUUUCAUACAAGACGUUGUAAAGUUGCUUACGUCCUUUUUUGGACCAUGGAAGGCACUAUUAACAGGAAAUUUUAAGAAUCGAAAAUCGAUUGAGAUAGAAAAUGAGAUUAGAAAGAAAGUUAUUGAGUUCCUUAAAAAGAAAAAUUUUACCGACUAUCAAGAGAAAUUAAUUCACCUUAUUGCACGUCGUACUGAUCUCCUGUCUAAUCAGCAAAUUUUUGUUGCAAUAACAUACAUUCUACAAGAUAAGUCAAAUCUUGGAUAUAACGAUGUUGACCUCAAUGACUUAUAUGAUCAUCUUACUUGGAUUAAACAGGAAUAUAAAUAUGAAGAUACUUCGACAUACCCAUGUAUAUUAAUUAUUGAUGAACUACUCGACCAGAUGCCUUUCGAAAUGAUCAAUCCACAACAGGAAUUUACACGUAUUUGCUCCUUUUCGGGUUUAAAACAGUUGUGGGAACAUCACUGCAAUUCAAUUGAUAAUAAUGGAUAUCUUAUGACACCAAUAUCAAAUUGCCAGGCAAUCGUGAAUCCAGAUCAAUCACUUACAAAAAUGGAGGAUCGUUUGAGGAACUUUUUUAAUUAUUGGUUGCCAUCAUGGAAAGUUAUGUACAAUCAAAUGCCAUCAAAAGAGCAAUUUCAUGAUAUUUUGUCACAAAGUGACAUUUUUGCCUAUUUUGGUCAUGGAUCUGGUUUUGAGUAUUCAUUUAAUGAAAAUAUUUAUGACAUUAAAACAAAUGGUAUUGUCUUUCUCUUUGGUUGUGGCUCAACGAGUCUAACUUCAAUUGGAUUAAACAGUGAACUGAAGGGACCUCAUGCAUUCUAUCAUUUGGGAAAUUGUCCAACGGUAAUCGGUUUUCUAUGGACCAUCACGGAUUUUAAUACGGAUCUUUGUGCGACAAGAAUUCUCAGCUCAUGGAUAAAAACAUCGUCGUCAAAGGCACAUUGGCAAUUAAUCGACAAAGCAUUAUGGAAAAAGAACGGUAAUUUAGCUUUCACCAAAACUAUCGAAAUCAUCUCAUCCGAUAGUUUAUCAGAAAUUAUCACAAAAAUGCACAGCGAUUCUGAGCUUCCGAUUUCAUUUAGAGCGGCUUUAGUUUAUCGUGGUUUACCUGUUAUUGCUAGUGAUAAUUCAAUACAGAAUUCCUAUAAAUACUAAAGAUUUUCAACUGAAAAGGAUGUGUAAAACUCAAAAUAUACGAGAAUUGAAACUGAAAAAUGAAAGAAAUCAAAAGCCUUUUUUGGUUCUAAUAUGCUCAACAGUUUUUUUUAAAAUAAAAACAAAAAAUACGCAGCUCAGCGUAAGGCUUUUUAUACAUAGUAAAAUAAUUAAUAAUCAUCAAUCAUACGCUUCAUCUUUUUACAUUUUAACGAUUAUUUUCUAGCAAAUUUUAUUUCAUUUUUUUAAAUAUUCAAUUUUUCUGUAAAGAAAGAAAUGUAUAAAGUGAAAAGAAGAUGAUUUGGAAAAGGAAGAAAAAUGUGAAGGAUCAUAAAAACAGAUCCUUUUGUGUUCAAUAAACUUAAAAGCGUAAAAAAUAUACCAAAGUGUGUUUUAAAUUCCCAUUUAUCUG